CAGAUAAUUUGUUUUGAAAAGCAUCCUUUGUUCAGAAAUCUAAAACAUUUUACUUUAUGACUUUAUUCAUCGCUUUCCACUUCAUGCCAGUAAAUUUUAUUUACCCUCGCAAGAAUUACUGACAUUGAUUGUAGCCGUGACGUUGAAGGCACAAUAACUAAAUGUUCUGUCAUUAAAGUAAGACUUUAAUUAUAAUUUCAAUUUGACUACCUUUUGCAAUAAUUUGAAUAGAUUUAUAUCAAAUUAUGAAGUUCAAAUGUUUUCUCAGUUUGAUGUCGUUUCACAUUGCAAAUAUAUCAUCGGUAUUCAUAACUUUUGACAAGUUUGAACUAAGUUAUUCUUUUACAUUUGACAAAAUGAGUUAUUUGACAGAACAUCGACUUCAGUUUAUAUCUGGAAUUUCCGUCACACAUUGCGUAAAGGAAUGCGCUGCUCGUACGCACUGCAAAGCAUUAAGGUUUAGGAAUAGAAUAAACGUCUGUGAACUAUUUGCAUCAUCAUUACAAGACCUUACACUCACAACUGGGAGUAUAACUCUGCAGGAAGGGGAACAAAACAUAACAAAGUCUCCGUGUCAGGAUAAUUGCAAGUAUGGCGAGGUUUGUGAAACGAAUGAGUCUGAUGUAAGCACCUGUGUUGUCAAAGAAUGCGUCAAUAUAACGAUUCCUGAGAACGGGUUUAUACUUGGAAAUAAGAGAGACAUUGGGAAAAGGAUACGGUAUAAAUGUAACGUAGGGUAUGUUGAAUCUAAUGCUGAGAUUGGAACAGUCGCUGAAUGCCUUUAUACCGGAGACUGGAGUACAUUCACUGAAUGCAUCCCCAGUAAGAUUUCCUACAUGUGGACCACGUGGACAGAAUGGAGUACAUGUAGUGUCUCAUGUGGCGGAGGUGUUAAAAGUAGAUCACGAACUUGCACGAUACCUACUGUAGCCUUGAAUGGCGAGGAAGAGUGUGAAGAAAACAUGUACACCGGCGCAGGAGCAUCGUGUAACAAGGAAGCAUGCACUUAACCAUAAAAUAUGGAUCAGAUUAAUGAGGCAUAUAAGUUGGUUUGAAUUUUUAAGGUUUGCCGUGAUGUAUUGGCUGCAUUUACUUUAUUAGAGAAAACAACUUUCAUUUUCAACUAUGAUGACUUAAGAAGAAGAGGAUUUUGAUUUAAAUACUGUAGCUUUUGUGACGUUCUAAUAAUCAACAGAAACGACAGGACUUUAGAAUGAUGAUAAAAAAAUAUGAAUUCAUCUGUAAUUACAUUUACCAUAUCCAAAAAUACACGUCUUGAAAAAAAAUUAUUAUUCUGAUUGAAGAAAACAUUAUGUCUAUUCAAUGUUGUAAGGUUAAGUCUUAGUAAGUAAAGAAUAUGUCGGACAUUGUAUUUGUAAAUUCGUUAUUUUCAUGUUCACAUAUUUGUCCAUUCAGUUGGAGAAACAAUGGACUACACUUAUCUUAAAGUUGUUGGAAGAACAGAUUUCUCGAUGUAAAUAAAACAAAAACAAAUAUUACAAAGUUGCAGAUUCGAUUUUAUUGAAAUUAUGGAAAAAAAGAACAGAAGCAUCUCUAACGCCCUUAAGCACCGUAUUAUGCGGUAAUUAAUCCUGAACACUGAAAGUGUUCGAAUCAUUGAUCUCGGAGGACCAGAAAAGUAUAUAUACAGAGAUGAAGUAAGUGGCAACUUUUUACAGCUAACACACUAUUUCAUACCAGCUAUAGAAGUAAAUUAAUACUCUGGCAAAUGGAGAUAAAGGGUCAGUAACAAUGAGUCAAAAGAGAUCUAAAGUGAAUACAAUGUAAACAAAAUAAAACUUUUAAGUUUUAAGUUGAUAUGAGAUAUAAAACAUAAAUAUAAUGUACAUGGAAUAAAGCUAAUAAGUCCUUUAGUCAAUUACAUUGUAGUCGAAACAGAUGUACUGAGACAACCUAAUGUUGGAGUACAGUAUCAAACUAAAUAUAGGCAUAUAGUCAUAGGUGACUGCAAUGUGCACAGUCAAAUUAGCGGCACUAUUAGAAACAAAUUUUAACUUGAACAUAAAAUAAAAUUUUCAUAAAUGCGUAGACCCGAUUUCAAUGGAACUGUUUAAUGACAGCAGUAUUAUGUCGAAUCUAUUGUCGUCUACACUCUACUGCCAAGGACUUUAUGACAUCUCGACCCAUUAGACACCUCGACCCAAGACACUUAGACCCUUAGACACGAAGACCCCUUUUAAUGACUGGACGUUUCGACCCGUUAUUACAUAAUGUACAAAAGACGUUUCUAAAGAAAAAAAAUGAUUUGCAUGAAGACAAUAUAAAUGCUUUUUACAAUUUUGAUUAUUAUAUACAAUUUAAUAGAUAUUAAAAUAUAAAUGAAAUCAUAUUAAGUCGUUAUUUGUUAUCAAAUAUUUUAUAUAAGAAACAGAAACACACGUAUUAAAUUUCAACAUAAAAUAUAUUAUGCAUUUAUGAAUACAUAUCACAAAUUACAGUAAUCACAAUAUACAUUGUAUACGUUUUAUUUUUGUCCCCCGCCUUUUCGAAGAAAAAAGGGGGAUAUAGAAAUAGGUUCCGUCCGUCCGUCCGUCCGUCUGUCUGUCUGUCUGUCCGAGCAAACAUUUUGGGUUUAGGGGCUAUAUAACAGUAAAGAGAACAAAAGAGAACAAUAGGUUCAUUCCUUCAUCAAAGGGUUUAGGGGCUAGUAGCCCUUAAGAAAACAAAGAAAAUAACCAAUAAAAUAGCCCCUAAAGCCAAAAUGUUGGAACGUCCGUCCGUCUGUCCGUCCGUCACACUUUCGUGUCCGGUCCAUUACUUUGUCAUUUAACAAAGGAAUCUGAAAUAACUUGGCACAAUUGUUUGUUAUAAUAAGACGAUGUGUCAUGCGGAACAACCAGACCCCUACCUCCAGGGUUAAGGUCGCACUUGCACAUUCAAGGUCAACAUUGUCUUUUGAGGGUAUAUGUCGUGUCUGGUCCAUACCUUUCUUAUCCUUGAAGGGAUUUUGUAAAUACUUGCCACAAUUGUUCAUAAUAAUAAGACAAUGUGUCAUGCGUAAUAACCGGUCACCUACCUCCAAGGUCAAGGUCACACUUGGAGGUCAAAGAUUAACAUAGUUUGUUAUAAAGUAUAGUUUGUGUCCGGUCCAUAACUUUUUCAUAGAUCAAAGGAUUUUGUAAAUACUUGUCACAAACAGUCACUAUAAUAAGAUGAUGUGUCAUGCACAACACCUGCAUCCCUACCUCCAAGUUCAAGGUCACACUUAGAGGUCAAUGAUUAACAUAGAACUUAAUGUUAAUAGAACUUCUUCGGGAUUUUGAAAUAACUUGGCACAAAUUGUCACAAUGAUAGGAGGUUAUGUCAAGUACAACACCUGCAUCCCUACCUCCUAGGUCAAGGUCAUACUUAGAGGUCAAAGGUUAAGAGAGUCUGUUGUGUGGUAUAUUUUGUGUGCCGUACAUAACUUCUUCAUAGAUCAAGGGAUUUUCAAUAUACUUGGCACAAAUAGUCACAAUGAUAAGAUGAUAUGUCAUGCGUAACACCUGUGUCACUACCUACAAGGUGAAGGUCACCCUAAGGUGUAAAAGAUUUUAAACAAGUCUGAUAUAGGGUAUAUUUUGUGUCCAGUCCAUACUUUUUCAUAGAUCAAGGGCUUUUAAAAAUACUUUGCACAAAUAAUCACAAUAAUAAGACGAUAUGUAAGGCGAAAAACAUGGGUCCCUACCUCCAAUGUCACACUUAAGGGUAUAUAUAGGGUAUAUUUUGUGUCCAGUCCAUACUUUUUUCAUAGAUCAAGGGCUUUUAAAAAUACUUUGCACAAAUAAUCACAAUAAUAAGACAAUGUGUAGAAAAACAUGGGUCCCUACCUCCAAUGUCACACUUAAUGGUAUAUUUUAUGUCCGAUCUACAACUUCUUCAUAGUUCAAGGACUUUUGAAAAUACUUUGCACCAAUAGUCACAAUAAUAAGAUGAUAUGUCAUGCACAACACCUGCACCCCUACCUCCAAGGUUAAGGUCACACUUAGAGAUCAAAGAUAAACAUGAUAGAUUUUUUAAUUCCGUGUUUUAUUUUAUUUCUUUAAUAAAUUUAUUGUUGCAUUAGCAGAUCUAUCAUUGAUAGUAAUUUGGACUGAAAGUCCUAAGAUCCAU